UAUUGUGCAAUGAUUUAGUAUAAAUUCCCGAAUGUGAACAGGCAGUUUAAAAUUGCAGAGAUCUCAGCGCUAUCAGAGAGGGAAGAUGGCCUUGAUUCUUCAUGCUACUCUGGCUAUUGCCCUGCUGACAGGGCUGGGUUCAGGUCAACAGCGGUCCUUAUUACCUGUUGGCUCCACCAAGAGAGCUGUGGGGGACACCAUGAAAUUCAACACAGUCAACCCGCCAGUCCCUGGUUUUACAGAGAUCGCCUGGAGGUUUCAAGGGAGCCCCGUUAUCACCCACCUGGGGGGCAGUGACACCUUUGGGUCUAACUACUCUGGCCGUGUCCAGCUAGACACGCGGACUGGCUCCCUGGAGCUGCACAAUCUAACUCUGCAAGACUCUGGGGAGUACACAAUCACCAUCAGGCUUGCAGGAGGCGCAGAGCUUAGUGGGAGAACGAACCUGACAGUCCUGAAUCCUGUCUCUCUCUCAAUCGUGGCCAAUGCGACAGAGCUGAUUGAAUUCCACGGCACCGUGAAAGUCACCUGCAUUGCCUCUGGCUCCUUCUUCACCGUGAAAUUCCCUGGCGAAGGAGACAAUUUGUCAACCUUCUACCAAGGCCUCGAUGGGAGAGCGGAGCUCUCCAGAUACGAGAAGGCAUACCGUAGAAUGAAGCCUUUUGUAUGUGAGGCCUCCAAUGAUGUGACUCCGGUGGUCGUUAGGCAACUGGCUGUCAACGUACUCUAUGGACCAGAUGAGGCGGUCAUAGUGGCUUCACCAAAGGGCCCGUCCUAUCGCCCUGGCUCUGACGUCACCCUUUCCUGCUCCUCUGAGUCCAACCCUGCUGCCCAGGUUCAGUGGGCUCUGAACGGAACCCUGCUGGGCAGAGAGGGACCAGAACUCAGACUGGACAACGUUCAGGCCAGUCAGAGUGGUGCCUACAGCUGCUGGACUAGCAACAGCAAAACCGGAAGAAAAAUGGAGUCAAACACAUUUCUUAUCACAGUGUCAGGUUCAGGCUUGAGUGGAGGAGCCAUUGCUGGUAUAGUGAUUGGAUCAUUGCUAGCUGCAGCUGCCUUGAUCGCUAUCGGACUAGUUCUGCUGGGCUUCAGAUUCAGACCAGUGAAGGGAUGCUACAGAAGGACUCCUACGGGGACUGAUUGAAUCUAAAGAGGCCUUGUAUUUUACAUUGUUUGUGGAAGGACUGUGAGGGAUUAUCAAUGAAGGGUAGAGGUGUAGUGGUAAAAUAAGAGUUGGGUAAACUAUGCAUUUUGUGAUCACAGUCAGGUGGACUGGUAUCAGAUUUUUAAAAAAGACUUUCAGAACCUUUUUGAUGAUGGUGGAGGUUAUCGUCUAUAACAAUACCAAUGGUAUUAAAUGUAAAAAAAUCUUGCAAUGACUCCUCCAGGGUUCUGUAGUGUUUACUUGUCUCCAUUACAUCACUGAUGAAGGAGUUUUAAGUUAAUUUAAGUUUUUAUGUCUCGAUGUGUAAAUUAAUGGCAUAUUUGUUAUCUGUUUUAUAUUGUAUAGGCAGUACUUUGGAGUAUGUGCUAGCCAAGGCUAUGUAGUGACAGCUAAUGCAAGAGCUGAGGCUGGUAUAGAUGUAUUUAUUUACAUUUUUAACUAUUUGUACAUUUGUACAUUUGUAAUCUUGGAAAUACUGUAUCCACAUUUCAGUUAUGCAUUUCUUGUCUACAAGUAUGAAAAUGAAACAUGAAAAGGUUCAAGUGCCUCUGACUGAGAGGGCUGCACAUUAAAGUUGUGAUACUGUAGGAAUCA